ACUGGCAAUCCUGUUGAGCUUCAUCAAGUUUGGCAGCAAUGAACACGAGACUCGAGAGGAUCAGCAGCAGGAUCAGCGCGGCGUUCUUGUCAGACCUCUUCUGGCUUUGCAAGCACAUUUCCUAUUCGAGCUUUGCAGGCUAUUCGAAGCUCAUUUCCUGCAGAAAGACGUGAUAUAGGGGCACCUCGCACUGCAUCUCUUAUUACCGACACUGCCCGCUUGUCGCCUAACAAUAUUUCUGCGUGCGCACGCCUUUCAAUACUUUGCAACAGUCCGAUAACUUUUUGCGCUGUAUUUGAAUACUCAGCCUCAGGUUGAUCGAGUCGAGCCAUCACAGUCGAUGCCGGUUUGAUGCCGCCUGCCGUGCAGAUGUCCGAAUGCACGAAGGGGCUGCAACGCUGCUAGAGGCACUCUGGCCUACAGUGCUCAUCGGCCUCGCUGGUCUCCUCCUCGUGUAUCUAUUCCAUGUGGGGCCGCUAGGGUCGCUAGUCCCAGGAGCUGCCAGGUGGCGGGGAGGAUCGAAGCAGACUGAGAAGCUGGCCAGGAUGAGCGAGCCAGCAACUAGGUGUGAGGUCUGCCUGCAGGAGACGACAAUGCAGUGCUCGCGCUGCAAGGUGGUCAAGUACUGCUCGCCGGAGUGUCAGCGCAAGCACUGGAACAGAGGCCACAAAGUCGAGUGUCAACCGAAAGGUGGGGGGGGAGCACCAAGCGCCAACGGGCAUGCCAAGAAGAGCGGUCCAAAGCAGCCGGCAAAGCCGCUACCAGAGUCUUCCAACGUGCUUGCUAAGCGGAUGCUGUUUCCAUAUACGGACUUUGUCGAAUUCUUCAACUGGCGGGAGCUGGUUGGGGAACCGUGCGGUCUAGUGAACGUGGGAAACAGCUGCUAUGCCAACGCCGUGCUGCAGUGCCUGACGUUCACGUGGCCGCUUGCGAGAUACCUUCUCGAACGGGAGCACAGCGCAGAAUGCGAAAAGGGCAGUAACGAGUUCUGCUUCCUGUGCGAGCUUGAGUCGCACGUCAAUCGGGCUAUUCGCGGCUCGGUCCCGAUCAUGCCGCAGCGCAUCCUCGCGCGGGUGCGCAACGUCGGGGCCUCGCUGGGCUAUGGGCGGCAGGAGGACGCGCAUGAGUUUAUGCGCUUCGCAGUCGACUCGAUGCAGGCCACCUUUUUGGAGGAGGCGGGCGGGGAGAAGAACAUUGACCACGCAACGCAGGAGACGACUCUUAUCCACCACAUCUUUGGCGGAAAGCUGCAGUCGCAGGUCAAGUGCAUGGCCUGCCUUUCGGAGUCCAACACGUACGAAAGCGUGCUCGAUCUGACGGUCGAGAUCACGGGAAGUGUGAACUCGCUCGAGGGGGCUCUUCACACCUUCACCAGCCCAGAGUGGCUGGACGGAGACAACAAGUACAAAUGUGACAAGUGCAACGACUAUGUGAAGGGCUGCAAGCGGCUCAGCAUCCACGAGGGGCCUAAUAUGCUCUCCAUCGUGCUAAAGCGGUUCCAGGGGGGCCACUUCGGCAAGGUGAACAAGGCCAUCGCGUAUCCCGAGACGCUGAAUCUGACUCCGUUCAUGAGCGGCAAGGGAGACAAGCCCGGGCCAUAUCACCUGUACGGCGUGGUCGUGCAUCUGGACAUGCUCAACUCGACCUUUUUCGGACACUACCUGUGCUUCGUCAAGGACGCGUCCGGACGCUGGUACGAGGCGGACGAUAGCGACGUCAAGGCGACCACAAUCGACACCGUGCUGGCGCAGAAGGCGUACAUGCUCUUUUACGCUCGGUCCGAGCCUCAUCCCGCUCCCCUCAUCCAAUCUCCCCCGAAAACCGUCCCCCCGUCCAGAAACGGCACCGCUCCGUCUAAACUCCCGUCCAAAAUUGCGUCUGCCAGCCGCUCCGCCAGCCCGAGUUCCGUGCUGACGUCCGAAGGGAUCCCCCUCCAGUCGAACGGCGACGUCACAUCGUCGUCCGACUCAAUCGGUAGUGUCAACGGUGCAGCCGCAGACAGCGCCAACGGGCCCCGUGCCAACGGUACGGAAAAUGGGGAGGAGAUGACGUCAGCGGAAGCGAGCUCAGAAGCAAACGGGUCGGUAGAGGAGCUGGAGGCCAUUUACACCAAAGGAGUCGUGGCGCGGAUGUUGCAGGAGGCCGACAAGGAGAACGCAUUCACACCACCUGAAAACGCAUUCACACCGCCUGAGACCGUCUCCACAGCGCCCGGGGAAACAUCAACAACGCCGCCCGCAGUUGGGACCGUUGGGGAGACCGCGAAACCCAGCAGUGUCGAGGACGAGGAAGGGGCGCGGUUUGCGGACUCGGUUCUGUUGGCGGAACCAUACCCUGCCGCAGCAGUGUCCGAGGGUCUGCAAGGGUUGGAAACCGCCGCCAGCCGGGGGGAUCAGUCGCCGGAGGUUGGCCGGAAUGGGGAUCCGGCGACGCUCGGCCGGAAUGGAAUCCCGGAAGUGCCCGGGCGGCAGGCGAACGAGGGGCGGAGCGGCGCCGAUGAAAGCGUAACAAAGGGUGACGGGAGCGGAACGUCUACAGAGCGGAUUCCAUCCUCCCAGCCGACCCCCAAAACGAGCGCAGGCGCACAUCCGGGCACUUCGGCAGGCGCCUGGAAUGCGCUGCCUAACGCGGAUGGCACCCCUCCACGGGCUAGGUCAAACGAACGGAAGAGUCCGGGCACGGAAAGCCGGAAACGGACCGCUGCAGAUGUGCGGCGAGAGAAUCGGACGGCUCAGAGCGAACGCAAAGCGGCGGCAGCGCCGGCGGCGGUUCGCACAGCGCAGAACGGCGGGGCAGGUGUGAAACGGCACCCGAUGAAGAGCACUCCCGCCCCGGCGCUCGUCUCGCAGCCGGGCGCCUCGCAGGUAGCUCCCGUACAGGUGACGUCAGCAUUGGAGGAGCAAGGCGGGGAGAAACUUGAGACCGAAGCGGAGGAGCAGGUCAAAGUUGGCGAAAGCGGAAGAGUCCGAGGAGGGGCGUCUGAUGGUUCGGGGCUUGCGAGCGGUUCUCGAGAGAAGAUUGCACUCGACUUCGGGGGAAAAUCACAUUCUCCAGAGGACUUGUCAUUGGGGGGUGCGAAUGCGGGCGUGCCAGAGACGGCGGCUCGAGGAAAGAAACGGUCCACUCACCACGCAUCUGACAGCGCGGCCCCGGGAAGUUUCGGUGGCGGGCUUUCGGAGGCCAGUGGCGUAUUCACACAAAACGGGGGCGUGUUUGCGAAGGGCGGGGGCGCAUUCACACAAGACGGAAGCAGUUUCGCACAGGCCGGGGGCGCAUUCACACGAGAGAGCCAGCUGGAGGAGCUGUCUCGGCUGCUGAGCAACCGGCCCCUGGAGACGGCGCUCGACAACGACGUCUGGGAAUCCGUUUUGGGGACGGGUUUGCCUAACCCGGGCGGUUCGCCUAACCCUCUGCCAGAUGAGUCGUUCCUGGAGGACGAGGACUUGGAGGCCCCAUCUCAGCCGGAACCGCUCUUCCUUCCUACCGAAAAGACGGGUCCGUUUGGCGGCUUUUCAACGGACGGGGCCUCAAAAGGUGGGCCCGGUGUGAAUACGGACGCGGCAGCUGGUAAAAGCGAGAGCGCAGGUCCAUUUGGGCUGGGUUCGGUCCCGUUCACACCGAUCUUUACGAGCCAACCGAGUGGGAAGGAGGGGGGUCGGGUUAAGCACGGGGGCAGCAACAGCGGGUUAGCGCGGGGUUUCUUCGGGCCGGCAAAAGCGAAGCGGAAGUCGGACAAGCGGUCCGUACGGAUGCCAGAAGUCGUGCCGAACAUCGCGCCGCUGCAGGAAGAAACGGCGUCGGUCAGCGCAGGGUUUGGGGAGGAGUUUGGCGAGGACACGCCCGAGUUUGGGGGCGGGUUUAGCGAAACCUCGGAGCAGUUUUUGGAAGUGCCUGUGGAUGAGCUCGUGCUGACGACGGACACAAGUACGGACGAGAAGAAGAGUGGCGGAAACAAUGUGAAGCCGAAAGGGAUUGCGGACUUGAUCGAAAAUGAGGACCUUCUGCGGGAGGUUGGGAAGAGUGCGGAUCAGCGGCUGAGGAGCGUGGUCAAGGGGAAGGUGGAGUCAAAGGCGAAGCAGGGCAGGAAUGACGUGUGCAAUUGUGGGUCAGGCAAGAAGUGGAAGAAGUGUCACGGGAAAGGGCUGGCUGCAUAGAAGCUGGAUCGUCUUAUCGCAUAUGGGUGCUUUUCCCUUGCAUCGCGUCAAAAGAGACGACUGCGGACGUAUUGAGCAAUUUACCAACACUCUUGCUGUAGUGCCAUGUAAGAAGCAAACGGCUGGGCAGGAUCGGAACGUUCAUUGCUUGCAGUUGAGCCCCCAAACGAUCAAGUCCGCGGCACUCAGUUAUACAUGCAUUGCCAUAAAGGGCAGAUGGCCGAAGAG